AAUGCUAUUCUAUUUCUUCUUAUCUCCACGGAUUUUCUGGUCCAUUGUUGGCUUUCAGAAUCCGAAAAUAAGGUGACAAAACGCGGCUUCCAAACCAACUUUUCAAAUUAUGGGCUGAAUAUAUUAAAGGGUGUGAAGCAAAACUCAAAUAACUCUUAUUAUCUCACAGUUGGUUAGCUCUUUUUGUGUACUCGCAUUAUGAAGGCUUUUGUUGGGUUCUCUGUUUUGUUCUUGACAAUGGUGACUGCUUUGGUUUGCUUUGUUUCCUAUGGCAAAGAAGGCACAUCAUCGAGUACUGGAAUGUCCUCAACUUGGCAAGAGAAUAAUGAAUUGGCAAUAACUAUAAGAAGCAGAAAGUUACAGGGCAAUGGCUACGGACCGAGCACAGAUGAGGGCGAUAUGGGGAAGAUAUAUCUGGAGGAUUACCGACGCAUAGAUCCAGUUCCAAGCUCAAAAGCUUCAGUAAGACCUGGACCUAUUCAACAUGGAACUCCUCUUAUGCCUUAUGUUCCAAAGCAGCCUCCUUCACCUCCUCCAACUCGCUCGAAACCUGUUGGAUUUCCAUAAACUUAUUAGUAUUAUUAUCUCAGGAGUCAGGACCAUUUCUACUCUCUUUCCCAGACUCCACUUGUGGGAAUAUAGUGGGUGUGUUGUUGUUGUAGAGUCAGGAUCAUUCCCACGAAAUGGCUGUUCUAUAAGUUAGAACAAUAAUGUAGUACAUUAAUAACUACGAAAAAACCAUGUCUUUUUAAUUUUUGCGUACUUCUCUUGUAUAUUUCAAUGGUGCCUUGUGUAUUACAGCUUCGUACUUGUAAUAUGCCUCUGGCUGCUACUUUCUUAACAAAUUAUUGUCACUAGUGAGCUUGCAUAAUUAAUACUCCA